GUCUGCUCAGAACCAGGAAAUAUCUAGUGCUAUUCACACACAGAUUCAGGCAAACUACACCAUAUUCUGAACUAAAUCUGUGUCACUUUGAGCAGUAAAAUGGCACAGGCUGCCUGUCUUCUGGAUCAGGACCAGUUCAGCUGUUCAAUCUGUCUGGAUCUACUGAAGGAUCCGGUGACUAUUCACUGUGGACACAGUUACUGUAUGGGCUGUAUUAAGGGCUGCUGGGAUCAGGAUGAUCAUACUGGUGUCUACAGCUGUCCCCAGUGCAGAGAGACCUUCACCCCAAGACCUGUUCUUGGCAAAAACACCAUGCUGGCUGAAGUGGUGGAGAAACUGAAGAAGACAGGACUCCAAGCUGCUCCUCCUGCUCACUGUUACACUGGACCUGGAGAUGUGGCAUGUGAUGUCUGCACUGGGAGAAAGCGCAAAGCCGUCAAGUCCUGUCUGGUGUGUCUGGCCUCUUACUGUGAAACUCAUAUCCAAUUUCACUAUGAAUCUCCUGCCUUUAAGAAGCACAAACUGGUGAAAGCCACUGGAAACCUGCAGGAGAAGAUCUGCUCUCAUCAUGACGAACCGCUGAAGAUUUACUGUCGUACCGAUCAGCAGUGUAUCUGUUAUCUGUGUACAAUAGAGGAUCACAGAGGCCAUGAUACAGUCUCUGUUUCGACAGCAAGAGCAGAGAAACAAAAGCAGAUGGGGGCGACACAGAGUAAAUUCCAGCAGAGAAUCCAGGAGAGAGAGAAGGAGCUGCAGGAUCUGAGACAGGCUGUGCAGUCACUCAAGAGCUCUGCACAGACAGCAGUGGAGGACAGUGAGAGGAUCUUUACUGAGAUGAUCCGCUCCAUUGAGAGAAGGUGCUCUGAGGUGAAAGAGCUGAUCAGAGAUCAGGAGACGGCUGAAGUGAGUCGGGCUGAAGGACUCCUGGAGCGACUGGAGCAGGAGAUUGCUGAGUUGAGGAGGAGAGACGCUGAGCUGGAGCAGCUCUCACACACAGAGGAUCACAUCCAUUUCCUCCAGAGCUCUAAGUCUCUCUGUGUCCCUCCUGGACCUGGAGACUUACCCAGCAUCACUGUCAGUCCACACAUCUCUUUUGAGGCUGUGAGGAAAUGUGUCUCUGAGCUGAAAGAGCGACUGUAGGACGUCUGCAAGGGGGAAAUGUCUAAGAUCUCCAGGGCAGGCAGAGCAGUGGGCUGCUUUACUGAAGGGGAGACCUGUCCCCUCUGCAUGGAGCCCUUUCAGAAGAAGCAGAGGCUGAUGUGUACUCAUGCCAUCUGUGCAGCCUGUCUGGAGAGAUCUGUAGAAAGACUGGGUCUCCAGUGUCCAGUGUGUCAACAAGCACUCAGAGUGCUGGGAGACCAGCCAGAGGGACAGAUGACACAUUCAAUAUACAAUUCGCAUUAUAUAUUGAUUACAUACAAUAUUCCUGAUGGAAUACAGACUGUAAGUAAUACUACUUCAUAUUUCAUUACUAUUAGAGUCGUGUGUGAUUGGAGAAAAAAUUAUAAUGUUCUGCAGUGUGAUGAAUGUAAUAUAAUAGUAAUAUAAAUAUAUUACUGUCAGUAGCCUAUUCAUGAUAGUAGGACUCUUCCCCCUCACACUAGUACAAUGUCAGAUCUGUACAUCACAUGACAACAAAGUAAAAACAAGACAAAAUAUUACAUUAAAAUAACCUAAAUUAAACUACAAUACACAGGGCUCCAUGUGCUCAGGGAUAUGCAGGGACAGAUGACAUGGGAACAUUACAGAUUUGGAAUGACAUAUUUAAGGAUUACAUACAAUAACCCCAGAGGAAUUCAAACAGGAAUAAAUGAGCAUUUAUUCAGGAGGGCUUCAUAUUUCAAUAGGCAUUGGGAAAAAAUGUAUUUUGGAGCAGUGUCAUGCAUCGAGUUCACUGCCAAUCUAUUUCUUCAUGAAGAAAAAUCACAUUUGCUCACAUUCUAUGAGCACAGUAAUAUAUUGCAGUGCGCCAACAUGCUAUUUUUAUUCUGUUAUUUUCACCUCAUACUAUAUAUUUUCCAGGUAUAUAUCCAUUAACUACUCAUAGUAUUAGUGCUAUAGAGGGUAGUGCUGAAGAGCCCCAUAAUUAUAUCUUCAUAAUCUUUGAUUAAAGGAGGUACCAACCCAUGCAGCCACAUACUGUAACUGCAUUUUCUGGACUUUUCCAUCACAGAUGGUGGAAAGUUCAUUACAGACAGGCAAACAAAAGAGCAAGAUUUUAUUUAGCAUAUGAGACUGAAUU